AACACAACAGACUUUGCAAGCGAUGGGCGUCAUCGGACAGUAUUUCGGCUCGACGAGCAAGGGGUCGCUCACGCUUGCCGUCGAAAACCCAUAUUACAUGGCAGGCGACAAUAUUCUUGGCGACCUUUCCGUCGUGCUUACAGAGCCGUUGCAGUCCACAGAAAUUGCCAUUCUCCUCGUUGGCGAAGAACAAGUCCAGUGGCGAAAUCACCACCAGAACACAGAUCAUCGGCAAUUCUACAACGCGUACAACAAGUUCUUUCAACGCCGGCUCAUUCUGGACAAUUCGACGCGCGAACUUCCGCCAGGGCAAUACACGUUUCCGUUCCAGUUCACGCUGCCGUCCAAUCUUCCCGGGUCGUACGAUGGCAGCCAGGGCGUCACUGCGACCAUCCAGUAUUCGCUUCAAGGCAUUAUCUCGACGAGCGGUACUUUUGCGCGGGAUCUCAAACACACCUACGCGCUCCGCGUCUACCGUCCGUUUCACGGGUCCAUUGGUCCCGCGAUGGCCGAGACGACCAAGACCGUGCGCGCGCUCGGCCUCUUCCGCAAGGGCACGUGUCAUGUCCGCGCUGUGGUCCACAACAAUGCGUCGUUCCUUGGCGACUCGGUGACGAUUGAAACGUUUGUGACGAACGCGUCGGCGUCAACACCCAUCAAGUACGUGUCUUGCAAGCUCGUGCGCUUGGUGACACUUUGCGCAUCCGGUCGGGAGCAUGUGGAGUAUGAAGUCUUCUCCAACACGAAAAUGUCGGGCGUCAACGCCAGCGACCAAGCAUCGUUUGUGCAGACGAUCAGUCUCUCAAGCAGUUCACUGUGGCCCUCAACAGAAGGCGACCACCUCUCGUGCCGGUACUUUAUCGACAUCAAGUGCUCCAUUCCGUGGUGCCCCGACGCUUAUUUGAGGGUCCCACUGACCCUCUUUGCCCGCCCGCUCACUCGUUAGUGCAGGUAUUAGCACUUACUUUGUCGGAUCGUGCAUCGACACAAAAUGAAGAUUAGUUUGUUCUGCA